UAAACAAUGAAGUCAAGGACUUCAAUUCCAAGGGAUAAUGAUGCCGAAAUGGAAGAAGAUAAUGAAGUUCUUGAAUUAAUAGUGAAGAAAGUGAAGAUGAAGAUGAUAUACCCUUAAAUGAAAGAAAAGCUCUCAAUCAGUUGAAAACCCCCGUAAUGAAUCCCACUAAAAAAAUAAAGCUUACUAGUGAUCAUCAAUUGAAAACUUCUCAUAAAAAGAUAUUUGAUCUAACCUCGAAAGCUCGAAAUGAUUCAUAUAAAAAUGAUAAUAAUCAUUUAACUAUUUCUAAUGAAGUAAAGAGCAUGAUUAAAGAACCCAAAGUGCUGAUCAAACAUACAAACCGCAAAUUGAAGAAUGUAAAAGGCAGCUCAUCACGUUUUGUAGACGAGACGAACGAUUCAAUACGAUUAUUACAUAUUGAUCGUAAAAGCAAUAGUUCUUCUUCAGAAACAACGAAAGUUACAACACCAAAACUUCCAUUAAAGAACUUUUCCAGGACAAUAUCAACAAUGCCGUCUUCUAAUAAUAAAUUUAAAGUACCUACAAAUCCUCCUACUUUCGGAAGUUUUAAAUCGCUUAUGCCUCCUUCCAGAAAGUCUGAUAAACCAUCUUCAAGCAAUAAUUUUAAGGCGCCUAUGUCACACUCCUUUAAUCAUGUUGAAGCAUCUAAUACGUCUUCUUCAGAUAAUAGCGUUAAACCAUUUUCUAAUAAUGAUUUUAAGGCUCCUUUACCUACAACACCUGAUGAUGGUUUCAAGACACCUAUAGCACCAACACCCGAUGAUAAUCUAAAGACAUCCAUGGAUCUUUCCCCAGUUCCUGAAUUUAAAGCGCCAAACACUAUUUUUACCAAACCACAACAAAAUGAAUUAGCCACAAGCCGUUUAACACAUUAUAUUAACUGCAUAUGUGAUGAUUUGGAUCAAUAUAACGAAAACAAGCAGAAAAUGGCAGAUUCUUUACUCACAUUUAGGGAUACAGAUGAUUUACCUACCCUAGAUAUUACUAUCAUGAGGAAGAUUACUUCACUUGUAUCAAGUAUAAUUAAACAAUACAAGAAUCUUGAGCUAAUCGAUAUGGUUAAAUUUGGAAAAAUUAUCAGAUUAAUGGAAAAUACAGUUAUUAUUGCAACUGAUAUUGAUAUCAUUGAGCUUUGUGGAAAGAAUCCAACAGAGGAUAAUAAUAAAGAAUCAAUAUUAAAACUAUUAACUCUCAUAAGCGAUGGUUUAGAGGCUUGCUUUAUGAUCUUUGAAAUAUUGACAACUUGUAAUUUAGAUAAGCAAUUCCUUUCAAGAAAUUUAAUCACAAAUUGCCUUCAUUUUAUCAAGAAUCAGUUAGAUUUUACUAUAUACCCGCUUAUUGAUUUAAGUCAUUUUGAAGAUGAAGCAACUUCCUUAACUACAAGCGCUCAUGCAUUUUUCUGUCUUAUAGAAUCAUCCUCAAAAGAAAGACAUUUACUCAGUACAUUUGUGCCAUUAAUUACUCGCUUCUUUCGUCGCGCAUUUACUUUUAUUCUUUCUGAAGAUUUAGAUGAUGAUGUACUUGUGAUUGUUGCCUAUAUUAGUAUGGGCCCCUUCUUUCAUGAUUAUUCAGAGUCUCACAAAUCUAUCUUACUUGUCACAGACAAUUAUGAAAAUUUAUCAUUUAAUCCUUAUGAGCAACUUAAGUUUGUUGCACUUGAUAUUUUGAAACAUAUCUUUAGUAAAUACCCAAAGCAUAGAAGAUGGAUAUUUGAAGAAAUCUUGACUAGUAUCGGAUCGUUAACUACGAUGGAAGAAGCAAGGAAAUACCGAUUACGUGAUAAUAGGUCAAUUCAUGUCAUUAGUGCCCUGUUUAUGCAACUUGUUCAAUGCUGUUCUUCACUUAGUGAUAAGGUAUCGCAUAAAAAUUGGUUUAUGAAAUGGAAUAUCAAAUAUCAAAAAGCGAUUAAAGGACAAGAUGAGGAUCAAAUCAAAAUGUUAGAUGAUAAAUUAGUUCGUCGUGCUACUACUGCCUGGAGAUUGGGUGCUGAAGCUGCUACUAAUAGCGCUUCAUUUUUCCUCGAAUUUUUAAUGUCAAAGUAGAGUGUUUAAUCGAGAUAUAAUCAUAAGCUAUGUAAACUAAACUAAAUCAU